ACUUUUGCCUUAUCUACUGACUGUUACCAGUUGUGGUCGUUAUUACAUCCUAAAAACCGACCAGCCAACCCUCCUACAGUCGUCGCAAAGCCGAAGGUCAAGCUCUUCCAACUCUCCCGCCAUGGCAAGCACCUUCAUUUCCCCAGCAAACCCUUCACAGCUAUGCUCUUCGAAGAGCGACGUCCUCUCUGCAUCGCCCAAGGCCUUCACGAGAACCACCCACCAGUUGGCGGUGGUUAGAGAGAUGGGGAUGAAAGUGAAGUGCCAGGCAACGAGUGUGCCUGCUGACGACCGAGUGCCCGACAUGGAGAAGAGGCAGCUCUUGAAUCUGCUGCUUCUGGGCACUCUCUCUCUCCCCACCGCUGGCAUGCUAGUCCCCUACGCCUCCUUCUUUGUCCCUCCUGGAACAGGAGGUGCAGGCAGUGGAACAAUUGCAAAGGAUGCCAUUGGAAAUGAUGUCGUUGCUGCUCAAUGGCUAAAGGACCAUGGUCCUGGGGACCGGACUCUCACUCAGGGAUUGAGGGGAGAUCCCACUUACCUUGUUGUGGAGAAAGACAGGACUCUUGCAACGUAUGGAAUCAAUGCCGUAUGCACUCAUCUGGGAUGCGUGGUUCCAUGGAAUACAGCUGAGAACAAGUUCAUCUGCCCCUGCCAUGGUUCCCAGUACAAUGACAAAGGCACGGUUGUGAGGGGACCUGCUCCUUUGUCCUUGGCAUUGGCUCAUUGCGACAUAGAUGAUGGGAAAGUAGUGUUUGUACCCUGGACCGAAACAGAUUUCAGAACUGGGGAUGCUCCAUGGUGGGCUUGAGCUUCCUCUCUCAGGUUCGAGCUGUAUUAUCCCUUAGAUGACACUAUCCACCGAAGCGAGUUUGUAUGUCUGUCGACUAAUAUCAUUCACAAUGUAUGUAUCUUGUAAAAACGGCUGAAUGCUGCAACGACCAUCAAACUAUUUAGCAUAAUAUCCUCUUUCAUGUACAA